UCUGUCUCUCUCAAAGCUUAAAAAACCCUACCCUUUCUCUCAACAUUCACUUGUCUGCAAUUUACUCACUCAUUUUCCCAUCUUCUCUCCAAUGAACCAAACUUCAGCAACCCCAAUGCUCUCAAUCCUCCUAGAUUGGUUUGUCAACGACCCAAAAAUCCUUCAUUUUUCAUGGGUUAAAGGCGAAACUCCAGCCUCAUCCCCUCAAUUUCUAACUCUCACUGUUGUCUCUUAUCUCUCCGUCACCCUUUUCCUCUCUCAAAACCAUCCCAUCUUCAUUGCACCCCCACGCCUCCGACGAAUCACCGUCGUCCACAACAUCAUCCUCAUUGUGCUUUCCCUCAUCAUGGCCGUUGGUUGCCUCCUCUCCAUCUUCUUCCAUGCCCCAAGCAUACACCAUGUGUUAUGUUAUCCCAAAGACGUCGAGCCAAAAGGCCCUCUCUUCUUCUGGGCCUACGUUUUUUACCUCUCCAAGAUUUAUGAAUAUGUUGAUACAUUUCUUAUCGUUGUGAGUAAAUCGAUGAAACGUCUCUCGUUUCUCCACGUUUACCACCAUACCACGGUCGUCAUAAUGUGUUACAUUGGGCUGCAUACAUCGCAAUCUUCCUUUCCAGUGGUGCUUGUUACGAAUUGUAUGGUGCACGUGAUCAUGUAUUACUAUUAUUUAUUAUGCGCCAUUGGAAAACGUCCGAAUUGGAAAAGAUUAGUCACUGAUAUUCAGAUUUUGCAGUUUUUUGCGAGCUUCAUAAACAUGGCUAUUGUAUUUUUCUUCCAUUUCACAGGAUCAGGCUGCUCCGGCAUCUGGGGUUAUUGCUUCAGUAUGGCUUUCAUUAUCACGCUUUUGGUUUUAUUCAUUGAUUUUCACUUCAAAAAUUAUAACGCCAAGAAAGAUAUGUAAGUGAUGGAUGGAUAAAUCGAUGAAGAGUAUUUGGAAGAGGGUUUUAAUUAAUAUUUUCAGUGUUCUUCAUUUAUGAUAAUUAAUAUUUUAUGCCAAGUAGAAGUGAAGAAGUGAAGUAGUCAAGAUGGCUAGCACGUAAAAAUCUUCAUGGUUUAAUUACAUGGUAUUUUUUUGAAUUAAUAUUAUUAGAUGCAUAGUUUGACUUUAUGUGAACUCAUCAGUGUGAUAUUAAAUGUUUGUACGACUCUUCAAGUUUAGCCAUGUGAGAGAUUUAUUUGUCAGUGACGAUACUUGAUAGAAAAAAAUUAUGGAUGAUCGAGUUUAUUUUCAUAUUGUAAUAAUAAUAAUAUUUGAAAUUCUUGUUUCA